UAUAUAUGUUUGUAUUUUUUAGGUUUCUUGGUUUCUAUGUAUUUUGGGUUAGCGAUUUGAAAAUUGAGAAUAGAGAAUUUCGUGGUGGAUUGGUUCGGAGAUGAAGAGAUUAGGAGACGAUGGAAGCUCUUCGCAAUCUAAUUUGCCGUCUGGUUCUUCGAGUGGAGACUCAUGUGGGCAAUCCCAAGUCCCAGCAAGUGGAGGUGGAGGAGGUAGUGAUCUUGGUUGUACCACAGGGAAACCAACAACAGAUGAAUGCUUAAGCUAUAUGAAGGACGUGAAGGAAACGUUUCAAGACCAAAGAGAGAAAUAUGACAUGUUCCUUGAGGUCUUAAAAGAUUUUAAGGCUCAAAGAACUGAUAUUGUUGGUGCCAGUGCCAGAGUGAAGGAAUUAUUUGAAGGCCAUAAUAACUUGAUUUCUAGGUUUAACAUCUUCUUGCCAAAGGGGUGUGAAAUAACCCUUGAGGUUGAUGAGGCUGCUUUACAAAAGAAGGUUGAAUUCAAAGGAGCUAUCAAAUUUGUGAACAAGAUAAAGAGACGCUUUCAAAAUAAUGAACAUGUUUAUAAAGCAUUCUUAGACUGUUUGAAUACGUACCGGAAGGAGCACAAAGACAUAAAUAAGGUCUACAAUGAGGUUUCCAUUCUUUUUGAUGGUCAUCCAGAUUUGCUUGAUGAGUUCACAACAUUUAUUCCGGAAGCAGCAUCUGUUUCAGCAAAGAAUCUUGGUUUGUGAAUUGUGAACAAGAUAAAGGUGAAUAUAAUGUUUUGCUUUGUGAAUUGUGAACAAGAUAGAGGUGAAUAUACUGUUUUGCUCUGUUGAAUUUUAACAGAAAAUGUUGGUUUCUUUGGUUUAAUGAUGAAUUUUAUUCCUACAGAAACACUUUCAAAAUGAGGUACUGACUGGUAAAUAUAUGUUUGUUCACUUCUCUUGUUUUA